GAUGCCCGAUCAAGAUCGGAGUUAACGAAGGUGAUCUCUAGUUAGGAUUUGCUCCAGGAACAAGACGAUACUAUAUAAACGAUUAGCCUCUCCUUCUCUUUCGUUUUGCCUUACCCCUUCAUGUUAUCGCUUGGAGAUUUGUAGCACGACAUAUUGGCACCCUAUCGCCUCGAAACCCCAAACCCAGUGGCGAGUGUUCUUCCAUCAACAGCAGUCCAACCUCCCAUCACGAUGGGUCUCCUACCCCUCACAUACCGACGUCCAGCUUACGUCGACAAGAACAACAUCUCACUGAGUGAUGAGCCCAGCACCGGCCAGAACACCAUCGGCAACUCCCCUGCCAGAAACAGUGAAGCAGGAUCCGAGAAGACAGAGCCAAGCCUGAGGCCAGUCAACUCGGGUAGCAUCGCAGGAAUCCCAACAGCAUUGAGCUUCGAUAAAAUUAUCGAGGGGGGAACAUGUCCACCAUGUACCGUCCGUGACUUUAUGAACUACCUGAUAUACGUGGAGCGGUCAGCGGAGAACUUGCAAUUCUUUCUGUGGUAUCGUGACUACAUGAAGCGCUUCGAGCAAGCCAAAACGUGGGACCUUGCUCUUGCUCCAGAAUGGACACCGGCCAUGGAGGAGGAAGCCAUUCACAAAAUUCAGAAAGAGCAGGCUGAGAAGGCCCGCAAAAAGCCGAACUGCAAAACAGGAGACGUGACUGUCGAGAUAUUCAAGGGUACUGAUUUCGAAAAGGGGUCGACCCCAGUCUUGUCCAGUCCAAGAGGCCGAAGUACAUCAGACUUACCCGAGGGCACGCGGACAGGCAGCAACGACCCGUUCGGAACGCCGCCGGACACUCCACGUGGCUACCACCAGGAGACCUUUUCCUCCGAGUAUAACGGGUCCAGUAUGGCGACGACGUACCGCACGCAAGCGAGCGAUGCCUUUGCCACAGCAGGCAUCAAGCCACCGUUCACCAUACAACCCUUCCGAAAAGAAAUCGACCGUGUGAUCGCCACUUAUAUCAUGGACGACGCGCCCCGGCAGCUCAACCUCUCCGACAAGGAGCAAAAAGCCGUACUUCAAGCGCUUGCACACACGACGCACCCGUCCGCAUUCCGCAUCAUCAUCACGCCUAUCGAAUCCGCGCUGCGUCGUCAGGCGCACCCCAACUUCAUCCGCUGGUCCAUCUGCAACGGCAACCCGGCGCGCGUCUUCUUCGCACGGGGGCUUGGUGUCGCGCUCAUCCUGAUCAGCACCGUGGUCGCCAUCGUGCUGGCUUUGUCCAACGCGGGCCGCGGCUACCGCGCCCUGGCGGCCAUCGGCUGGGUGCUGGGCAUCUCCACGCUGAUUGCGGCGUACAAGGGUAUGUGCGUGGUCCUGCACGGGCUGCACCACCGACAUAUUCGUCCGUGGGAGCUGUUCAUGGCGGAGGAGGAGGAUGGGGAAGAGGGCAAGGCGAAGCGGUCGUUUGAUAGCUUCGGGUCCGGCAACAGCUAUGAGGACGAGCCGUGGCUGGUCCGGUACCAGCAGCGCAACGUGAUCCGCAAGAUCUUUGAUCGAGAGGUGUGGAUCCAGGAGCCCAUGCUUCGCCAGAUUCAAGACACGAUUGCGGUGCAGAGCAUGUUGUGCGCCGUGGUGCUGUCGGCGAUCCUGACGGCCAUCUUUGUCGCCGUGCCUGGAGGGGACUUGUUUUGA